AUGUCAGUUAAUCCAUCGAAUACCGCUGCAUAUGGUCCAGAAACACGAUACAAAUCUUGCCUCGAAUUAGAGAACGCUGGAAUCUCCUAUGUCAUCUGGUUCGAGGACGCCCUGGUACACUACGGGGUUCCAACAGUAGUUUUUGAUCUAUACGUACUCGUAUUGGACAUCGAAGCCGCUGGCAAUGCUCUUCUCGAAGCCGGAUGGACCGAUGACACCCAAUCACCCCAUCGAAUCGGCGACGCAGUCGUGGACAUUCCGCAAAGACCCUUGAUAUCCCCCGACAAGCAGACGAAGACCGUCCUUCUCCUCGCAUCAGACUGGAAAUUCCCUCUAGCGCCUGACUCACCUCUUGAACGAGUGUCUUUGUCGCAAGCGGACCAGACACCAUCCCCACCCCCAACGGUCUCGUUCCCACCAUUACCAGGCCUCCUCGACGCUCUGAUCGAAAGCUGGCUGGCUGGACCGACCGAGGAUCCGACCUUACUGCUUCGACUGGCCUGUUACUUCAACUAUCUCUACGAAUACGUGCCUGCACUCAAGGAGCGCUCAUUUGCCGAGGAGAUAAGACACGAACAUCGGCAGUUCCAUUUCGAUGUGCUUGCGGGGAUGGAAUCCGGGACAUUCCCCUUCAGAGACCAUCAACGUGGGAUUCGAGAUGCGCUGCUGCAGGGUCGGUAUGAGUUGUGCGAGUGCUCCGCGUCUCGCGAUAACCAGCUCCUCUUUGGCGGCUGGGGAAAUAUCCGCCUUCCUGAUCCGCUGCAUGAUGGAUCUGAGGAGUAG